GAUUGCGGUGUGAUUAGCACACUAAGAGACACAGAAGCCGUGUUCCCGCCCAAAAUGUUUCCAUUGCUGCCCGUGUCCUCGCCAACAGGUUUAUGUAUGGAGCGUUCCACACAAGCGAACAUGCACGAAUCCUUCAAUUAAAUAUAGCGAUAUGUAGCCCGCAUCGUUUUCAGCGCGAAGGCUCGGAGCAGCAAUGCAGGCUCGCGUGCAGCUGCCGCCAGUGCUGCUGCGGCUAUAUGACACCGUGGAGAGCGUAUUCGACUACCUUGUGAGGCUGUCCGCUGCCACGCACCCCAACCUUGCAAGCAUCCUUCUCCAGCCUGGCGAUGGCCCCGACUACCGCCGGGUGCUGCUCGGCAGCUAUGUCUGCUGGGUGGGCCCGGCCCCCGCUGCUUCAUGCUUUCGGGCAGGACAGCCGCUGCAGAACAGCUGCAGCCAGCAAGAGGUGUUGUACCGGGCGAUUGACACGCUGGUGCGGGCCGGCGCCGACAACGUGCUGCGCAGCGGGUACCGCAAGCGCCGCCCCAACAGCAACUGGGCCGGCUAUGCCCGCGGCAUGCGACACGCUGAGCCCUGGUGCGCCACCUCCGCCGGCGUCGCGCUGCUCACCCCGGCCUGGCGGCUGCUGUUGGCCCGGGUGGGCGACGACGUGAUGUUGCACCUGCUCACGACCGGCUCGCUGUUCGUGCCGCUGCCUGUGCCUGCGCCGGCGGCUCCCUUGAAAGCAGCAGCGCGUGCGACUGCGCCGGCGUCGAAGGCGGCAGUGCCGGCGACGGGUGGUGUUGGUGUGGCCCGCGGCGCUGCGGGCUGUGUGGGUGGCGGAGCUCGCAGCAGCGUUGCUGUGCCCGCCGGCAGUCGAGGCGUCGGCGGCGCCAGAGGCGGCCUUGAGGGGCAGCGGGGCAGCGGCGGCGCCGAUGGCAACGGCAAUCUGCUGCAGGUGUCGGGGCGUGCCAUUACCGAGCUUGCGAGGGAGCGCUACCAGGCGCACGGCAGGUCCGGCUGCCCCGAGCCGCCGCGGACCGGAACUACCGCGGCGGCGACGGCGGCGGCGGCGGCGGCGGCGGCUGGACCGUCAGCAGCCGGCGGCGCCGCUGGCUGUAGCGGAGUGCGCGGCGGCGCAGUGUGUAGCGCCGCUGACGGCGUCGCUCGGCCGCCGCCACUUCGCUACUCCUGGUUUGCUGCUAGCCUGGCCGAGGCGCUGGCGGCGGCGGCGGCGCGGCGGCGGGCGCGAGGCGCGGCGGGUGCAGCGGCAGCAGCAGCGGCAGCGGCAGGGGGAGCAGCGGCAGGCGCGGGAAGGUCAGCAGGCGCCGCAGCAGCAGAACCUUCAGAGUCGGCAGCGGCGGCCCCGGCGCGGUUGGCCGGCCGAGGGGCUGACGUUAAGAAUGUGGGCGUCGAGAGCUCAAGCGCUCGGCUAGCGAUGCGUGAUGCUGGCGCCGAUGCUGCAGCUGCGAAGGGGCCCGAGGCGGGGCCGGGCUCCCCACCGGAGCAGCGACAGGAGCAGCGGCGGCGGCGCCCUCGCGCAUGGCAGCGCCGCAAGGAGGCGAAGGCCAAAGCGGCCACCGCUGCAGCCGCAGCCACAGCCACAGCAGCUGCAGGCGCUGCGGUGGCGGUGGCGGUGGGGGCGCAAGGCCGGGGGUCCGGGGACGCGGAGGUGGCGUUUGCGGCGGGGCAGGAAGUGGGGGAGGAUCAGGAGGCGUGGGAGGUGCUGUCUUGCGGCAGCCUGGACGAGCCUGCAACCCAGGUGUUGUGCACCAGCCCUUGGCCGCUGUGGGAGUUCGGCUGCGACAGCCCCCCGCCGCUGGCCACGCCGCCGCACCGGCAGCGGUACGGGCACCGCCUUCUGGAGCGCUACGGUGAGGGCGAGGGCGAGGGCGAGGGUGACGAGAAUGGCCGUGUGCCUGCUAAUGCCGCCGCCGCCACCGCCAGGACCAUGGCACCCGGGGCUCAGGGCCAUGGGCUAGCCACCGGAGUGGACGGUGCAGGGACUGGCGGUGGCGGCGGCCGCGGUGGCGCCGGCGGAGACGGCAUCACCGGCGGCGCCAGCGGCACCGGGGCCGGGUGCGGGGGCUUGGGCUUGGGCGCGCGCGCGGUCGUGGCAGAGGCGGCGGCGGCGGUGGGUGACGGGGCGGCUGGCGCACGUGAUGAUGUGGAGCCGCCAGCAGCUGGUGUGUACAUGGAGGCGGCGGCGGCGGCGGCGGCGGCAGCGGCGGCGGCGGCAGUGGCGGGUCAGCAGCUGCAAGGGCUGCAGGCGGCCGUGGGUGCGGCUCGUGGCGGGCACGGCACGGCGCCGCAAGCUGUGCAGGGGCCGGCAGAGGCCGGCGCCACGCGGUGGAGACGCCGCAGCAGCCGGCGCCGGCGCCAGCCGGCCGCCUCCAAACCCACAGCUGGCGAUGCAAACGCAGGCGCAGGCGCGGGCGCGGAGGGCGCGGCUGCGUCCGAGGCACAGCCUGGGCUCGGGCCCAGCACGGUGGCCGGGGGCCGCGCGGCGCGUGCCUUCCCCCACCCGGCGGGCUGGUUGCCUCCAAACCAGCAGGUCAUUCCCCGCGCCCACGUAUUCUACUGCGCCACCUUCCACCCCCGGCCCGGCCUGCCGGCCAAACACAUGCUCAACGUACUGGUUCGCGCCGCGGCCGCCGCCACCCCAGCCGCCGCCCGCACCCACCACCGCUUGUUCGCCCACAUCUUCACUCCCCAGCUACUGCCGCCGCCGGCAGCAGCCCAGGCGCAGCAGCCGGCAGCAGCCCAGCCCGCAGCCAUGGACGCUGCUACAGCCGCCGCCGCGGCGGCGGCGGCAGCAGCUUCAGCGGGCUUCGCUGAAGCGGCAGCCACUGCUGCGGGCGGCUCGGGCGCGGCAGUAGCAGCGGGCUCGGCUACAGCAGUAGCGGCGGCCCCUGCUGCGGUGGCAACGGCGGGCGCGGGACCCCCGGCGGCCCCGGUGGCGGCGACGUCGACGUCGACGGCAGCGGCGGCGCAUGCGGCGGCGGCGGCGCAUGCGGCGGCGGCGGCGGCGCAGGCGGCGGCGGCGCUCAUGCCGGGCCAGCUGCGGCCGGGGCUGCCUGACACGCUGAAGCCCGCAGUGCGGCGCCGGCACCGCGUGCUGCUGCGACUGCUGCGCUCCCUACUCGUCCGAGCUCGGCGCUGCCGCUUCGCGCUGCUGCUGGAGCGGCACUGCCCGCUGCCGCCCGCACUGCAGCGGCGGGGGCGGCAGCCGCAGCCACCACAGCUGCCCGAGGCAGCGGGCGCCGCAGCCGCCGCGCCUGCCGGACCCAGCGCCGGACCCAGCGCGGCGGCUCAUGCCGCAACUGCGCGGGCGGCGCAGACAGCAUCCGUCGCUGCCAGCAUGGAGCCAGAAGCGGGCGGCACGUCACAGCCGCCAGCCCAACCGUCGCAACCGCCACAACCGCCUCCACAACCACAUCCACAACCGCCUUCACAACCACGUGCGCAGGAGGCACGUGCCGGUGCGCCUGCGGCCUCGGCUUCCGCCGCAGGCGCGGCCAGCAGCCACGGCGCCGCCCACCUGACGCAGGGCGGCGAUGCACACCAGCCCCACUCGAGGCACUGGGCCCCGCCUGACUUCAGCCUCGGGGCCGCCGUGGGUUUUGAGACACAGGCCCUGCCACCUAGCCCCGUCGCGCGGCGCUUCGGUGCCGGCACGGCGGCUUGGCAGGCUCCUCCGUGGGGCGCGGGUGCGGGUGUGGUUGCGGAUGCAGGGACAGGGACAGGGGUUGGUGAUAUGGUGUCGGCGGCUGGCGCGCAUGCCCCGACGCAGCCGCUGCCGGAGGCGGCCGCAACCGGCGCCGGAGCUGCCCCCGCGCCGGCGCCCACCGCGUCGCGUCGCUCCGCCCUGGAGCGGGCGAUAGCUGAGCUUGCGUUCCAGGCGCCGCUGCUGCCGCCGGUCUCCUUAUCACAGCGCAGGGCGCAAGCCGCCGCCGGAGCCGCCGGAGGCACCGGAGGCGCCGGAGGGAGUCAGGUGCUGCCGACGCAGCCGCUGCUGCAGCCAACGCAGCUGCAGCCGACACAGCAGCCGGCGCAGAGCGCCAGUCUACGGCUGGGCCGCGGCGGCGCAUGCCGCCGCAAGCGUGGCUGGGCCGCCGGCGCCAGCAGCUGCGGUGGUGGCACGGGCGCGGGCGCGGGAGUGGGAGCGGGCGCGGGAGCGGGAGCGGGCGCUCCACAGGGCGGCGGGGCCUCGCAGCCUGCUGGCGGUGUAGGUGAUGCGGGACCGACACAGCAGCCUGCGGGAACGGCUGCGGCUGCUGCGGCUGCAGCUGCGGCUGCGGCUGCGGCUGCGGCUGCGGCUGCGGCUGCGGCUGCGGCUGCGGCACCUGGACGUGCGCUUCCCGUGCCGGCAGGCGCAGCCGCUAACGUGGCGGUGCAGGGGGCAGGUGCCACCGCACACAUGGCGAUGCAGGAGGCAGGCGCGGCGGCGGCGGCCGCAGGUGUGGGCGACGGUGCCGGCGGCGGCAGCGGCUCCCUGUUGCCGUGCUGUGUGCCGCUGGCGCGUGUGACGUCCUUCUUGUGGUCGGUGUUGAGGCACCUGGUGCCGCCGCCGCUGCUGGGCAACGCCCGCAACCGCCAGUGCCUGCGCCGCACGCUGGCUCGGCUGGUGUCCAUGCGGCGCCACGAGCACCUCACGCUGCACCAGGCACUGCAGGGGCUGUCGCCCGGGCUAGGCCGCAUGAGCUGGCUGCCCAAGCUCAAGGGCGGACCCGCAGCAGGCCGCCCCGCCUCUCGCGCUGCCGCCGACCGCCGGCUGCUGUCGUGCUGGGUGCUGUGGCUGCUGCGCGAUGUGGCGGUGCCGCUGCUGCGAGCCAACUUCUACGCGACCGAGAGUGAGCCCUACAGACAGCAGGUGUUCUACUACCGCAAGCCGGUGUGGGCGCGGCUGCAGGGCGCGGCGCUGGCGGACCUGCAGCAGCAGCGGCUGCAGGCUAUCUCCUCCGAGGAGGCGCGGCAGCUUCUGUCGUCACGCACCCUGGGCCCCGCCCGCCUGCGCCUGGUGCCCAAGAUGAGCGGCAUGCGGCCGAUCGUUAACCUGGGAAAGCCCACCAUUGUGCGCUUCGAGGUGGGGAAGGCCCGGCGGCAGCGCGGGAGGACAGCCGGGCUGGCGGCGGGAGUACGGCCGAAGCGGCGUCAGCGGAGGGAGGAAGCGGCGCACCCAAACCCAGCGGCGGCAUCGGUGGGAACGUCGGCGGCGGCGGCGCAGUGCGGGGCGGCGGCAGCGGCCCCGGAAGCGAAUGCCAGUCGCAAGCGCCCUGCAUCGGGCGGCAGCGCCGCGGCCGUGUUCGGCCCAUUCGGCGGCGCCGCUGCCGCAGGUGGCGUCGGCGUUGGCGGCGACGGUUGCGGCGUCGGCGGUGACACGGGGGCUGCCGCCGCCGCCGCCGCCGCCACGCUGGCGUUCAAGAGCGUCAACAGCGUGUUGCAGAACGCGCAGCUGGCUCUCAAGGCCUCUCUGGAGGGGCGGCCCGGCUGCUUGGGCUCCUCCGUGUUCGGGCUGGACGGCAUCUACAAAGCCUACGCGCCCUUCGUGAGGAGGUGGAGGGCGGGGCGCGCCGCCGCCGUGGGGGCUGGCGGCGGCGGCGGCGGCGGCGGUGGCGGCGGCGGAGGAAUAGGAGGAGGAGGAGGAAGAGGAGGAGGAGGAGAUGUGGGUGGAGGAGGAGGCGGAGGUGUGGUUGGAGGUGAUGGAGGUGGAGGUGGUGGGAGACCGGCACCAGCGGGCGGCUCUCAGCCGUGCGGGCGGCAGCGGCAGCGGCAGCAGGGAGGCGGUGGCGGUGGCGGCGGUGGCGGCGGUGGAGGCGGUGGAGGCGGUGGAGGCGGAGGCGGCGGUGGAGGCGGAGGCGGCCGGCAGGACGCAGCAGCACGCGACCUGCAGUGGCUACUGGGGGCGCGCCGCCGGGCGCUGCGCUUUCGAUUGGGCCGUGGCGGCAGCAGCGGCGACCGCGGCGGUUGUGGGGGUGGGGGUGGGGGUGCUGCGCUUGAGGGCGGCGCACGUGGUAGACUGGAUGUGGGUGGCACGGCCGCCAUCCCGCAACCAGCAGCAGCAGCAGCAGUAGCGGGGGCAGCGGUGGCGGAAGGCGCCGCAGCGCCGAAAGCGACGAGACCGCUGCCGCGGGCGGUGGUUGCGGCGGCGGCGGCGGGCGCUGCUGCUGCUGCUACUGCUGCUGCUGGUACUGCUCCCGGCGUGGCGUGCAGGGGCGCCGAGGGUUCAGAUGCCAGCAAGGCGGGCGCGAGGGCUGUCCAGGCUGGCCCGGUGGCUGUAGCACAGGAGCCGUCGGCGGCUGUAGCACAGGGCCACUCGGCGGCCACGGCGGCCGCGGCGGCGGUGGCGGCGGCGGCGCUGCCGCCCAAGCAGCUGUCAGGGCGCAAACGCGCCCUGGCGGAGUUUGGCGGCAGCGGCGGCGGCGGGGGUGCGGAGGUUUGCGCCGUUGCUGGCGCAGCGCCGCAGUCAUUCGGAGGGCCGCAGCACACGUGCGGCACCGGAGCCCACGCGCCUGCGGCCGCCAAGCGCAGUCGCCUGUCGCUCGCAAUCGCCGCGGCGGGACAGGCAGCAGCAGCGAACGCGGCUGUAGCAGCGAAAGGGCCGCCGGCUGUAGCACCGGCGGUGGCUGUAGCAGCGGGGCCGCUGCCGGCGCCCGCCAGCGCUGCUGGCGGCAGCGGCGGUGGCGGCGACUCGCCUGCAUCUAUCUACAUUGUCAGUGCGGACAUCAGUAAGGCCUUUGACAGCCUUUUACAGACUGCAGACCUACACCUUUACUUAGCUGACACACACUCCACCCGCCUUUCUCAAGUAACCUCCCUGUUCACAACAGCCUCAUUGCACCUGCCUCAUUGCAACUGCCUCGCUGCACCUGCCUCGCUGCACCUGCCUCGCUGCACCUGCCUCGCUGCACCUGCCUCGCUGCACCUGCCUCGCUGCACCUGCCUCGCUGCACCUGCCUCGCUGCACCAACGCCGCCCGCUCCUGCCGCCCGCCUCAGCCGAGGUGACCCCCGCUGUGGGGCUACACGGCGUGCGCUCCCGGCCCGCCCACGCCGCCCACCCCGCCGCCGCCUCCUAUCCCGGCCUGCCCGCCUGGUUGGCGGCACACCGCAGCGACGCCUUCAACACAGUGUUCAUGGACAAGCUGCCGCUGCUGCGCCCGCUGCCCCGCGCCGAGGUGGUGGGUCUGCUGCGGCAGGCGGUGUGCGGCAACGUCAUGCGCAUCGGGCGGCGCUGGUACCGCCAGACCACAGGCAUUGCGCAGGGCGCCGUGACCUCCAGCCUGCUGUGCUCGCUGUACAUGGCGGCUCUGGAGGCCGAGCACCUGCUGCCACUGCUGCCGGGCGGGGCCGCAGGGGCCGCAGGGGGAACAGGAGCAGCAGGGGCCGCAGGGGCCGCAGGAGGAACAGGAGCAGCAGGGGAGCCUCCCGCCGCCUGGCUGCGGUCUCCCACCACACCCGCCGCAGCUGCUGCCGCCGCCACCACCGCCGGCGCCAGUCCCAGCACCGGUGGCCUGACCGCCCUCGCGGCCGCCAUGAGUCAUGCAGCCGCCGCCGCCGCCGCCGCCAGCGCUGCUGCCGAAGCUGCUAUGCCGAUGACGGCGGCGGCGGCGGCAGCGGCGGAACCGGGUGGCAUCGGACCUGGCGGCCAGUCCACGGCGCCCCAUGCAAUCCCGGCGGCGGUGACGGCGACACGGCAUAGUGCCACACCAGUGCCGGCGUCAAGAGCCGGUGCCGCUGUCGCAAACCCCCCGGUGGCAGCGGCACCGGCAAUCGCAAUUGGAUCCGCGCCUGCUACAGCCGGCACUCUUGCAGCUGUAGCACACCGCGGCGAUGCGCCUGUGGGUGGUGGUGGUGGUGGCGGUGCGCCUGGCGGCGGGGUAGGGGUCAGCCCUGGAGGCAGCGGCGGAACCACGACCACCACCACCGGUGGUGGCGGCAGCGGCCCAGGACUGACGGCUCUGGCGGCGGUCUUCAGUGCCGCCGCCGCCGCCGCCACGACCGGCGGCACCACCACCGGGGCACUGCAGACGCCCGGAUCUGGAUCCAAGACCGUGGGGCAGAACACAAACACGGCCACGCCCGACCCCGGAUCCGGUUCCAAAUCAACGGCGGCAGGGGCGGCUGUAGCAGGGGCAGGAGCGGCGGCAGCAGGAGCGGCAGCAGCGCGUGCCGUCGGUGUGGGUGCUGUUGAAACUGUUGGUGUGGAGACGCCCGUAGCGCUGGGCGGUGGGGCCGGCAACGGGCCGGGUGGGCAGCCGCUGUGGCCGCAGCAGCUGCUACAGCCCCCUCCUCCGGGGUUGUUCGUGACGCCCCUCCAGCAGCCCGUGGGUCGACCGGGCGCGGCUGCAGCAGCGAUGGCUGCGGCAGCAGCAGCGCAGGGAGCCGCGGCAACGGCAGAGGCCGCGGCGACUGUAGCAGCCUCUGCAGCAGCGACCGGCUUGCCGACGUCAGCUCCUGCUACUGCCGUCUUCGGCGGACUGCAGCUGGGCCCGGCAGGCGCCGCGCGCCGCCCCGGCGCAACGGCUCUGCUGGCACGUGCCGCCACCAACGCUGUGGCUGUAGCAGCCGCAGGCGGUGCAGCGGCGGCAGUAGCAGUACGGCACCAGCACCAGCCGGGAUCGGUGGUGGCGUCGGCGCCGCACGGCGGCCGGCGGCUGCUGGCCGGCGGGCCGACGGCUACGGCGCGUGGGGAAGGGGAGGAAGGCGACGGCACGCCGCUGCGGCACCUGCGACUUACGCAGACGGCGGUCGCGGCGUCUCAGCUGCAGCCGCCAGAAGAGCCGGCGGCGCUGUCGCAAGCUGCCGCUGCUGUGGCGGCGGCGCCGCCGCCGCCACCGGGAGACGGCAGCGCCGGCAGCAACGGCGCCGGCGGUGGCCCGAGAGAGGUCAGUGGGGACGAGGUCGUUGCCGCAUCGGAAGAAGACCCGCAGCUGUACGGCACUGCGCCGCAGAUGUACGGCACUGCCUCACAGCACCUAUUUGGAUCCUGCCAUGCCGGCCCGGCGGCCUCGGGUGGCCCAGGAGCGGGCGUGAUGAGCAGCGGGGUUGGAGUCAUCCUGGAGACGCCGAUGCACCUGCUUCCGGCAACGCUGCUGCCGGCCGCGCUACAGCCGGGCUCAUCGGGCAGCGCGGGCUUGCUACAGCCGCCCCCGAACGCGGCGCUGCUACAGCCGCCGGGGGCUGGCGCGGCGGGGUCGGAGCCGCCGCUGACUUCCAGUGAGCCGCAGACACAGACGGAGCUGCCGCCAGCGCCAGUGCUACAGCCGUCGCCGCAGGCGCUGCUACAGCCGCCGCUUCAGCCGCCUCCUGGAUCGACGUCAUCUGGGUCGGGGCCGGGCUCCGAGCCCGCGGACAAGGCAGCUGGCGCAGCCGUGGCAGUAGCAGUAGCAGUAGCAGAGGAUGCCCAGGCGGCAGUAGCAGCGGAUGCGGCGGCGUGCGCCGGUGACCCGGCGGGGGCCCGGCAUGGUAGCGGCCCUGCGCCAGUGCUACAGCCGCCGCCGUUCGGCACGCACGCUGCCAACCGACAGAGCGCUGGCGGCGGCGCUGGCGGCGGCGGCGGGUGUGCUGGCGGCAUGGGUACGGCGGCGGCCUCGCCAGCGUCCUCCGGCCACCACGGCUCUCAGCCAUCGGCCGGAACUGGGGCGGUGGGCGCCCAUCAUUAUAUUCAACACCGCAGUGGCGGUGUGCUCCUGAGCGGCUCCCAGACAAGCGGCGGGUCUGGCAGCAGCGGCGGUGCCGCGGCGGUAGCAAGCUCGGGCGUUGCAGCGACGGCGGCGGCGGCAGUAGCAGCGCCGACGGCGGUGACGGGCGCGCUAGUGCCGCCCCCGGCCCUGCUACUGCCUCAGCCGCAGCCGCAGCAGCGGCAAUGCUACAGCCCCGGCACCCACGACCACUCCCCAAGGCCCUCGCCGCGCAAGGGCGCGCCCCAGGGCCCGACCGGCACGACUGCAGCUGCCCUGGCCGCGGGGGGCGCGUCGGAAGCGGCCAUGCGCACCAACACCAACACCAACACCAACACCAACAUCAGCACAGCUGCGGCGGCUGCGGAGGCCACGACGCGGCCCGCCGCCGGCCACGGGACCGAUGCGACCGUCGCAGCGACCAUCCAGGCGGCUACGCAGUGGCGCUUGCAGCAGCCUGGGGGGAAGGCUGGUGGAGGCCAGGUAGCGCAAGAGGCCGACGGUGGUGAUGGCAGCGGUGAUGGCGGCGGCGAGGGCGGCGGCAAGGGCGGCGGCAUCGCCGAGGUGGAGGCAGCGCAGCCCUCCGCUGCAAGGGAGGCGGACGCGGCAGACAACGCAGCUACGCCCGACGGCCCUGCGGGGGCGCAGCUGGGAACUGGUGACGGAGAGGAGGAAGACGAGGACGAGGACAUGCCAGACCUGGAGCUCCGGCUCUUCUUGACUGCGCCGCCCAUGCCCUUGCCCAUGCGCACGCCAAGGCCGCGGCUAUCCACCCAGGCGGUGGGAGCUGACGUGGCAGCCGCUAGGGGCCCGGCGGCAGCCGCUGUGGGUGUGGCCGGCGGCACCGCGACUGCCGCGGCUGCUGGCGGCCCGAGGCCAGGCUUGGAAGGGCUGGAAAGCAUUGCGGUGGAGGCGGAGGCGGCAGCGGACGUGGGUCCGGCGCCGGAAGCAGACUUGAAGGCGGAGGCGGGGGCGGAGGCGGAGGCAGAGGCGGAGGUAGAGGUAGAGGUGGUUGACUUGCUCGACACGCCCUCCCAGGAGCGCCACUCCCGGGACGCCAGCGGCUCUCAGAGCCAGGGAGGUCAGGGAGGCGACGGCGACGUGGCUGCUCGGGACGCCAAGCGGCAGCGGCGCUGCAGUGACGCCUUGGGCGCCGGCGCUGCUGCAGCCGCCGCGGCCGCUGCUGGUGCAGGAGCAGUCAUGGUCGGCGGCAGCGCAAUCGGCACCGGGGCAGCAGGUGCACUGACGGGCAGUGGCACCGCUACCGGCAUGGGGGCCGCGGAUGCGACGAUGGGCGGCCACGGCGGAACCGGCAUGGCGGCUGCAGAUGCCGUGCCCGUCAUGCAACCAUCGCAGCCGUCGCCAAUGGCGCCCACACAGCUGCUCCUCUUUGCCAUGCCGCCACCCCCAGGCACACAGCGGCCGCCGAGGCACCCGCAGCAGGCACCCGACGUGGGGCCGCUGCCGCCCCUGGCACUGCUACAGCCGACGCAACCGCUGCACGACGGCGCCGUGGCUGUAGCAGCGUCCGGCUUGGCCGGGACGACCGGGCUACAGCCCGGGCACGCACCACCGCAGCGCGGCUGGCAAGAGACGGCUUGUGGGGUCCGGGGAACGCACGGGCAGCCGCUGCAGCCGGAGCUGCUACUGCCACUAGCGCAGCAGGUGCUACUGCCGUCGCCCGCCGCCGGCACGGCGGGCUCCGCGCCACAGCUGUUGCUACAGCCGUCGCCGUCGCCGGCGCCAGUAGGCGCGCUGCUACAGCCGGCGCCCUUCCAGUCAGGCCUGCUGCCUCCGACACAGGACCUCUUUCCGCCUGUCCCUGGCGCAGGUGCGGCUGUAGCAGCAGUCGGGGCUGUAGCAGCAGUCGGGGCUGUAGCAGCAAUCGGGGCUGUAGCGGCCAACGGCGCUACGGCAGCGGGGGCCCAGGGACAAGAGGCCGCCAGGCCGGCAGCCGCCUCAGCCCAGGUACUGGGGGAUGAACCCGAUGCGGAGGAAGCAAAGGCGGAAGAGGAGGAGGAGGCUGAGGAGGAGGUGGAGGCGGAAGAGGCGCCGCCGCUGUCGCUUCUGCCGCCCACGCUGGCGGCCACGCAGCUGCUGCCGCCGGGGCCGCCUGCUUCGCAGCUGCCGCUGCCCGGCUCCGAGCCGCAAACGGACGUGCUGGUUGACCUGGCGCCGCCGCCGCCGCCUCCAACUCACCAGCUCCUGCACUCGCAUCCCGGUAAUCACCAGGAACGCUAUUACAGCAGCGCCGCGGAUAGGACCCCCUCAGCUCAGCGCUCACAUGCCCCGGGCUGCGACGCGGUACGGCCGCCGCGGCCGCCCAGCGCAGCCGCCGCAGCGGCGCUGUCGGGCUUCCUUGGAAACGCACACGCAGCGGUUCCAGAGGAGGGCGAGCCAGGGCUGCACGGCUUCCUGCCGCUCACGCUGCCGCUCACGGUGCCGUUGGCGGCGGUCAGGGCGGCGGGCGGGAGUGCGGGCGGGGCGGCGGGGCCUGACCCGGAGGCCGCUGCCGCGCAGGGCCGCCCUGGCGCUGUGGCGGCAGCGGCGGCGGCGGCAGCGGCUGCCGGCUUGUCCACCAGGGCCACUGCCAGCGCCAGCGCGCCCGCAGUGACCUCGUCUCAGUGCCUUGCAAGUGACGAGGACGUGUGGCGCCUUGGCCGUGCCGGCGGCGGCACUGCCGCGGCCGCGGUCGCGGCGGCCGCCGCAGCAGCAGUCGCGGCCACGGCCGCUGGUGCUGCUAUCAACACCACUGCCACUGCCACUGCCACUGCCGCCUCCGCGGGUGCAGCGGUGGCAGCAGCCGCAGCUGCGCGCGCGGCUCCAGGCUGGCAUCCUGCGCUGCCGUCAGUGCCGCCGCUCCGGGCCGUUGCGCCCAUCGCCGACAACCCGCCUGCAGCCGGUGCGGAGCCCAUCCCCGCCACUGCGACGGUGGGCGCUGCAGCCGCAGCCGCAGCCGCAGCCGCAGCCACAGCCGCAGCCGCCACGCCGUGGACUCCGGGCCUGCGCCUGCGCCACCGGUGCCCGCAGGAGGUGCUCGGUUGCUCACAGCCGUCGCCCCUAGCGGACGGCGCGGCCGCACCAGACGACGAGCUGGAUCUGGAUUUUGGUCCUCCGGACCCGGAUCCGGGCCUCUGGUCUGGUCCGGGCACGCAGGAGCUGCUUCCGGCACCCGGCACGCAGGACCUGGGGUUGUGUGUGGACACGCAAGCGCAGCAGCAGGGGCAGCAGCACCAGCCGCAGCAGCCCCAGGCGGCGGAGGCAGAGGCGGGAGCGGAGGCGGAGGCGGAGGCCCAGGCACUGAAGGUCGAGGUGGAGGCGAUGGAGCCGGGGCCUCGUGCACCCGAAGGCUGCGCCGGCCACGCCCUGGGCAGAGGCAGCAGCGCCGCUGCUGCUGCCGCCGCUCCGGCUGCGGGCGGCGCCGCGGCUGCGGCUGUGGCUGUUGCCGACGAGCACCAACGCCAGCGGCAGCAGGUGCUGGCGUCGCUGUUGCGGUCGCUCAUGGAGAGCGACGACUCGCCGUCCAAGUCUGGAUCCAAAUCCACCGCCCGGGCGGCCGCGGAUGGGCCGGGGCCAUCUGGAUCCGCGCCGCCAUCUGGAUCCAGCGGGGAUCCAGAGCAGCUGCCGCGGCCUGGAUCCCGGUCUGCUGGUCCUGCUCGUGCCCACGAGCUGUGCCCGCAGCUUGGCGGUGAAGCGAUGGACGUGGAUGGUGGCGCGGAGGUGACCGCGAUGGCCGCGGCGGAAGCUGCGGCGGUGGCGGCGGGGGCUCCAUCCGCCGACGCAGCGACGGCGGCAGUAGCACUGGCGGCCGGGGGAAACGGAGCCCUGGCGACGGGGUCGAUGCAGGCGGGCCUAGAUCUGCAGCAGCAGCCGGCUUACGAGGGACAGGCAGGGCCGCAGGCAGCGGGGACCGGAGCCACGGCGGCGAGGUUGAUGCAGGCGGGGCCAGAUCUGCAGACCGCAGCGCAGCAGCAUCUGGCUGACGACGAGGGGCAGGCAGGGCCACAGGCAGCGGCAGCAGAGGUCCAGCGCAGGCGAGGGUGCCGGGGCGGCCGCAAGCGCCGCCGCCGCAACCAAUUAAUAAGGCAGUGGCAGGGUCAAGCGAGGCAGCGGGUCCAGGAGGGGGCGGCUGUAGCAGCCGGGCCGCGGCCCGCAGCACCAGAAGCUGUAGCGGGGCCCGCCGCUACAGUGGUCGCACUCGCCGCACCACGUGCGGCCCCGGCGGCGGCGGCGGCGGCGGCGGCUACUGCUGCUACUGCUGCUCCGUCAGCUGCUGCCCUUGCCUCGCCGCCGCCAGCCCAGCCUUCGGCUGCGGCGGCGGAGGCGGCCGCUACCACGGCGGUGCCUACGGCGGCAGUAGCUGCCGGUGGUCCUGGCCUUGGUGGCAGUAGCAAUGGUGGAGGCGGCGGCGGCGGAGGCUGUAGCACCACCAUCGGUGGUGGCGGCCGGCAGGUGCCUGCCUCGCUGCUACUGCGGCUGAUUGACGACUUUCUGUUCAUCACGACUUCCAGGGCCGCGGCGGAGGCGGUGGCGCGGCGGCUGCGUGAGGGCUUCGUGUCCGACUACGGCUGCCGCAUCAACCCGGACAAGACCCAGGCCAACUUCCCGCUGCCUCCCCACCCGCACCACCACCACCACCACCACCAGCAGCAGCAGCAGACUCAGCAGGCCGACGCUGCGCAAGGCUUACCUCACGCAGCAGCAGCGGCGGCGGCGGCGGCACAACUGGCGGCGGGGGCGGCCGGACCGGUUGGGCAGCAGCCCGGCCCGGCGCCUGCAGCAACCGCUGCGACCGCUGCAACCGCUGCGGGGAGCGGCGAGGUGCGGGUGACGCUGCAGCAGCUGCCGCUGCGGCCGCAGGGGCAGGGGUGGGCAGCACAGGGGCAGGGAGAGGGCAGUGGAGGCGGCGGUGCUGGAGGCGAUGGUGAUGGUGGUGGUGGCAACCUGUGGACGUCCAAGGACGGCAAACGCUUCAUCAGGUGGUGCGGGCUGCUGAUCAACGCGGACAAUCUGGAGGUGCAGGCCGACUACACGCGCUACGCCGGCGUCCACGUGCGGUCGACCAUGAGCGUGCCGGCGGAGACGCGGCCAGGCAAGCAGCUCGUGGUCAAGGUGUGCCAGUACCUGAGGCCCAAGGUUCACGCGCUGCUCCUGGACAGCGGCCUCAACUCGGGCGCCACCGUGCGGCUCAACAUCUUCCAGGCCUUCCUGCUGGCAGCGGCAAAACUGCACUGGUACGUGCGCUGCCUGCCGCGCGGCCCCGCACGUGACGGGCGCCUGGUGCUGGCCGCAGUCCAGUCCGCCAUCUCCUACAUGUGCAGGCUGGUUCGCAGCCGGGCGUCAGCGGGCGGGCUGGCGGCGCGGCGGCUGGGCCCCGGCUGCCGCUGCGACGUGUCCCCCUGCCACGUCAAGUGGCUUGGUCUGGUCGCGUUCCGCCGCGUGCUGGGCCGCAAGCAGGCCGCGUAUGGUGGUCUGGUGCUGGGCUGUCUGGACCGGCAGCUGGCGGCGCCGGGCUUCCGACACCUGCCACGACAGCUGGCGGCGGUGGUGGGGCGGGCGGCCAAUGCGUCGUUCGAGGAGCUGAGGUACUGAUGAGGAGUUGAGGUACUGAUGAGGGGCUGAGGUGCGGAUGAGGAGCUGAGGUGCGGAUGAGGAGCUGAGGUACUGAUGAGGAGCUGAGUUGCGGAUGAGGUCCUGAUGAAGGGGUGAUGGAUGAGGGCUGCUGGAGUGGAGCGGGAGCGAGUCAGAGAGGCGUUACAUUGUGCAUUGCUUUGGUCUGGUCCAUCGUACAUACCUAUUCAUGGAAAGCGUGGUGCUAGCAGGGGCUACGAAAUGGACAUCGACAUGCUAGUGAGGGGCGCGUGCUGCGGCAGGAUGGGUGUUGCGGCAGGAUGGGUGUUUUUUCGGCAGGCAUCGUGAACCCGUUACAUGGAUUUCUUUAUAGGGUAUGGUAUAACGACCCUACAACGAGUGAGAUGCCGUGUUGUCGGGGCUUCCCAGACCUGACACGCUGAAGUAUCUCGGGCUUUCGGCAACCCCUCUGGGCUGGGCGUAUUCCUUCCCCUGUU